GAUUGAUAAUUAGGGGGAUCAACGAACAUUCUUUGCUAAUUCUGACCUCAUCUACCAAAUAAACGAAAGUCAAAUCAAUGCUCCCCUGUCACCCAUUAGUUCUCUUGUUCUUUUUUUAUAAACUAAUUAAUCAUCAUUUUUUGUAACUGACUUAUUAAUCAUCCUUGUAAGAUUUUAAUAAACAUAAUUACAUUGACUUCAAUAUAUAACCACUAGAAAUGGAUCAUCUAUACAAUCUAUUUCCUAUAUCAAACAAAAUAAAAUUUCAACGGAAGUGGUUACACCCUUUCCUAUACAAAUACAACCUUAUACUUACUCCCAUUUCCAAAACACAAACAAAAACCAUCUAAAAAAUGAGAGAAGAAACUUUCUUGUUCCAAUGGCGUUUCUUAGCCUCUUGUUUCAUCUUCUUCCUCAUCCUUCCUCAAGCUUUCACUUACAAUACUCCUCCCAUCAACCCCUGCUCCCCACAUGCUCCUAAUUGGUUUCCUCCCAUCGCAAACCCAAGGCUCUUAAAAGCUUACGCAGCUCUUCAAGCUUGGAAAUUCACUAUGACUUCAGACCCAAACGGCUUCACCUCUAACUGGUGUGGUCCUCAUGUUUGUAACUACACAGGCGUCUUCUGUGCACCGACUCUAGACAACCCGUACCUCUUAACCGUAGCCGGUAUAGACUUAAACCAUGCCAACAUCGCUGGUUAUCUCCCAGAAGAGCUUGGUCUCUUAACCGAUCUUGCCUUAUUCCAUAUCAAUUCCAACCGGUUUAAAGGUCAACUCCCUAUGUCUCUAAACUGCCUCAAACUUCUCCACGAGCUUGACGUCAGCAACAAUAAACUCUCCGGCGAGUUUCCUUCCGUAGUCUUCACGUUACCUUCUUUAAAGUUUCUUGACAUUAGGUUUAAUGGUUUCUACGGUGAUAUUCCUAGCCAACUCUUUGACCUAAACCUUGACGCUCUCUUCAUUAACAACAACAACUUCCGGUUUAGGCUACCGGGAAACAUAGGAAACUCUACAGUUUCGGUUCUUGUCUUAGCCAACAACGAUCUCCAAGGAUCUUGUGUACCUCCGAGUUUCUACAACAUGGGGAAAACGUUACACGAGGUCAUUCUCACGAAUAGUCAGAUUAGCGGUUGUUUAAACCGAGAGAUCGGUUUGCUAACCCAGUUGACGGUUUUUGACGUGAGUUUUAAUAACUUGGUCGGUUCUUUGCCGGAGACUAUGGGUGAUAUGAAGAGUUUGGAGCAGUUAAACAUCGCUCAUAACAAAUUCUCCGGCUACAUUCCGGAGGGCAUCUGCCGACUACCGAACCUCGAGAACUUCACUUACUCGUAUAACUUUUUCUCCGCCGAGCCACCGGUUUGUCUGAGGCUUCAGGAGUUUGACGACCGUAGAAACUGUUUACCGAUGAGGCCAAUCCAACGGUCCCCCGCCGAGUGUAGAUCUUUUUCUUCAUAUCCUAUUAAUUGUGCUUCCUUUGGCUGCUCUCCGCCUAGUCCUCCACCACCACCACCGCCUCCUCCACCACCGCCACCACCACCGCCUCCUCCACCACCGCCACCACCACCACCGCCUCCUCCACCACCGCCACCACCACCGCCUCCUCCACCACCUCCGUCACCACCACCAUAUGUGUAUUCAUCGCCUCCUCCGCCACCAUACGUGUAUCCUUCCCCUCCUCCGCCACCAUAUGUGUAUGCGUCACCUCCUCCUCCACCAUGUGUUUAUCCGUCACCUCCUCCGCCAUCAUAUGUGUAUCCUACACCUCCGAGUACUCUAUCACCGCCGGUGCAUGACUAAGGCGUCUUUUGACCGAAUGGAAUGCCAUCUGUUUUACGUUACGUAACGCUAGUGUUCACUAAAUUGUUUCUUGUUUGACUAUUUAUUCUCUUGUAAUUCAUUUUUGAGAAGUUAACAUUAAAUGCUUGUGUGGAGAAUUUUUUAUUUAUUUACAAAUUGAUGGAAGUUAUGCAUGGUCUUCUGGGAAAGACGAAUUUGUUGGAUAGUUAUUUGGAGUGGAUGUUUUAAAAUUUCGUAAUA